AUGUCCUAUACCCCGGACACGAAACAACUUGAGCUUAUGCAAAAGCUCCUGGAUAAGACCUUUAACUCCAAGGACGAUGAGUUCUUGAUGGGUCUGCUAGAUGCAGUGCAAAAAGAUACUGCCACGGACUACACCAAGACCCAUGGGUUCGACUUCAAGGAGAUCAAUUGGCGCAUUAUCAAAGAAAUGUCUAAGCCUGGGCCGCAUUUCGAUCUUCGGAUGGCUGGGGGUGUAUAUAGGUUCGACAAUAAUGACCUAGGUUUUUAUGAAUUGCUUGUGGAUUCAUCCAUGAGGGCUGUCUUUGUGGAUGGGGAACCCACCGAGCCGGUCCAAGUCAAGGAAGGCUUGGUCAUCUUUUCGACCAAAUCCCAACAUAAAUUUGAACUGUCCUUCACGUGUUCUCAGAUCCUCGGAGAGGAAAUUUCCAUCCCGUCCUUUGCCGGUCACUGCACCAUUGCUGGAGUGGACAGCAAGAUCUCGACCACCGGGCGCAAGUUCUACCCGUGGGGUGACGUCCCGGAUGGGACGGAUGAUGAGAUUGACCACAGCCCCCAGGGAAGUAAAACAGUUCCCGAGCAUAAGUUAACGGCAGUUGAAGACGCACGAGAUGGCGCCGCGAUCAACUCGCUCGCUGUGGCGAUUGACUUCAUGAGCACCAAAUAUACCCCUCCCAGGGAUAUUGUGUACCUGAUGGCAGUGGAUACAGGAGACCUCUAUCUUGAAAGCAUUCAUUUUACCGCGACGAUGUUGGGAAUUGGACUGGGGGCGUUUCUGUCUCUAAGCGGGGACGCGAUUGGAGGGGCUCUCGCCGGAGCUGCCGGCGUCCAGGUAUCUCGAGUCAUCGCGGCGGCCGUGAAGACAAGAUAUCAGACGAAGCAAAUGCGAAAGAUGAGAGAUUACAUUGCGGUCCAACCGGUAGACUUGCGAGGAUGGUUGAAGGAACGGGUGGAGAUGUUCGUUAACGAGUAUUCCAGAGACUACCUAGAGAACUCGGGCAUGACCGACGAUGUUGCGGGAAAGGUAGAGACCGAGUACAAGAUCGAGGCUGGUGGCCAGUUGAGAAGAUUGGUUAGAAAAAAGUUCUCCAAGUUCCAUCAUCUCUUUGAGACGGACUAUAACAGCACGUUCGAUACGGCUGUGGCGGAAAAGUUCAAGAAGGAGGUAUCAGCUACGUACCUCAAGGGUCUUAUUGAAAAGCAGCGUGACGAGAGACUCAUCACCAAAGACUUGCCAAGGGAGAUACGGAAGCUACAAAAAGAGCAGGAAAAAUUGGAUAAACAACAGAGAAAGGAGCUGGAAGAUGCGGGCAAAUUGCCCAUUGGCAAGCAAAACAGAAAGAAAGAAGAAAUUCGCAAGAAAUACGAGGCUGAUCUGAAAAGGACUGAGAAGGACCUCACAGACAAGAGCGAGAGGGAAAAGGAGCUAAAGGAAAAGGAUCGAGGCAAAGACAUCGAUGGCAGGGUCGAGGAUUUACAGAAGGAAGCGGAGGCGCGUCGCCGGAGAGAAGCAAAAGCUCAGAGGGAAAGACGAAGGGGACGAAUUAUAAGACUGCACUAA